UUGACUAAUCUUUGUUACAGGUUGAGCAUGUUGGGUCGACUGAUUUAGUUUUACCUGCCUGCCUGAUAGCAAGACGACACUUAUCUGAAAGUGAAGUUUACCUCGACACACCCGCUUGGUUUUCACUUGCGUGCGUGUCUGUGUGACCACUAAUGAAAACUGGGCGAGACGGUUUGUUUGGGCCUUGGAUAAAUAAUUAACCAGACAACUCAAGCCGCAGUUUCAAGAGCUGACAUGAGGAGUUGACGCAAAGCAAGAGCGAAGUGCGCCUCUAUCGCCAGCCUGUUACCUGAGCGAAAACAACAGGCUCGCAGGUGUUUUUGUUUCUUUUAUAUUUUUCUUUAUAUUUUUAAUGACAUUUGAACUGGAUACACUUCAUUGUAAUAAUGCUGGGAGCGGAGAGCAGAUUGGAAAGCCGGCUGAAGAAGCUGGAGUCCCUGAUAAGGAAUCCACAGUCGGCACUAAACUUGGCAACCCUGCUGGAUUCCAUGAAUGCACUGGUCAAUGACUUGAAUUACCCCCCCUUACGGAAAAACAAAAACAUAGAGUCCUUUCUGAACAGAUAUAAAGACUUAGUGAGUGAGCUGCGAGAACUUCAGAUGAAGCUUGAUGACUUUGAGAAAGUCAAGCUGAUCGGAAAAGGAGCUUAUGGACAAGUGCAGCUGGUCCGUCACAAGGCCUCUAAGAAGGUUUAUGCCAUGAAGCAGCUCAGCAAGUUUGAGAUGAUCAAAAGGUCAGAUUCGGCCUUCUUCUGGGAGGAGAGACACAUCAUGGCCUUCUCCAACAGCCCCUGGGUCGUCCAGCUAUGCUGUGCUUUCCAAGAUGAUCGGCACCUUUAUAUGGUGAUGGAAUUCAUGCCCGGAGGAGACCUGGUCACACUCACCAUGAACUACGACAUCCCUGAGAAAUGGGCUCGCUUCUACACGGCAGAAGUAGUGCUGGGGCUAGACGCCAUCCACUCGAUGGGCUUCAUCCACCGCGACAUUAAGCCUGACAACAUGCUGCUGGACCAACACGGACACCUCAAACUGGCUGACUUUGGCACAUGCAUGAAGAUGGACUCGACAGGUAUGGUGAAAUGUGACACAGCUGUAGGCACACCAGACUACAUCUCCCCCGAGGUUCUCCAGUCUCAGGGGGGUGAUGACUACUAUGGCCGGGAGUGUGACUGGUGGUCUGUAGGAGUAUUUCUCUUUGAAUUGCUAGUUGGUGAAACUCCUUUCUAUGCCGAGUCCCUUAUCGGAACGUACGGAAAGAUUAUGAACCACCAGAACUCGCUCGUAUUCCCAGAUGAUGUAGAGAUGUCUCAAAAUGCCAAAGAUCUCAUCUGUGCCUUCCUUACUGACAGGAAGGUUCGUCUGGGCCGCACCGGAGUGGACGAGAUAAAAUGUCACCCCUUCUUUAAGAACAACCAGUGGACCUUUGACAACAUCCGUGACACUGUGGCCCCAGUUGUGCCAGAGCUGAAAGGUGACAUAGACACCAGUAACUUCGAUGACAUAGAGGUUGAGAAAGGAGAUGUUGAGACCUUUCCUCCACCCAAAGCCUUUGUUGGCAACCAGCUACCAUUUAUUGGUUUCACCUACUUCAAGGAGGAUCAGCUGCUAAAGGGAAGUAAAAGCAGUUCUGCAAAAGAUUCAGAGGACUGUGAGGAAAUCUCAGAGGACAAGGAGAAUUGUUCAGACAAUAAGAAAGAGCUGCAGAAAAAGGUUUCCCAACUGGAAGAGAAGCUCGACAAUGAGAUGCAGGCCAAAGAUGAGCUGGAGCAAAAGUGCAGAAAUGCUACCAACCGUUUAGACAAACUCGCCAAAGAAUUAGACAAGGAGAUGAACAGCAGGCAGAAAGUCGAAGCCUCACUGAGGCAGCUGGAGAGAGAGAGAGCUCUGCUGCAGCACCAGAGUGCUGAGAAUCUGCGCAAGGUGGAGAUCGAAACUGACAGGAAACGCAGCCUGGAGAACGAGUUGAACAACCUGAGGGACCAGCUAGAGGAUCUGAGGAAGAAGAACCAGAAUUCACACAUCUCAAAUGAGAAGAACAUCCAGCUGCAAAAACAACUUGAGGACGUCAAUGCUGUGCUUCAGGCUGAGCAAGAGGCUGUAGCGCGGUUAAAGAAGAGUCAGGCGGAGGUGCAGAAACAAGCCCAGAGUCUGGAGGUUAGCCUCGGGGAGAUGCAGGAAAAGUGCAGCCAGCUUGAAAACAGCAAGAUGGAGCUGGAGAAGCAGCUGAGGGGGCUGCAGGCCGAACUGGAGGAGGAGAGGAGAGGCCGCAACAUGGGGACAGAAACUAUUAAUGACCUACAGGGACGCAUCUCAGGGCUGGAAGAAGAGGUGAAAGAAGUGAAGUCAUCUCUUUCCAAGGUCCAGACUGAAAAAAAGGAGCUACAGGAGAAGCUCAGUGAGCUUGAGAAGAAAAAGAGCAACCAAGAGAUCGACCUUACGUUCAAGCUGAAGUCCCUGCAGCAGAGUCUGGAGCAGGAGGAGGUAGAGCACAAGGCCACCAAAGCCAAGCUUGCUGAUAAAAAGAAGACCGACCAAUCCAUAGAAGAGGCAAAGUCCGAGGCCUUAAAAGAGAUGGAGUGCACCCUGCAGGAGGAGCGCAGCUUGAAGGUGCAGGUGGAGGGAAAGCUGCUGCAGCUAAAAAAGGACUACUCCAUGCUGGACUGUGAUUACAAGCAGGCGGAGAACAAGCUGGAUGAAUUUCAGGCACAGAAGGAGAAACUUUCUGAAGAGGUGUUGCACCUGACCUCACGUCUGGAGGAGGAGAUGCACAAGCGGAGUAUGAGCCAGAGUGAACUGAAGAUGCAAAACCAGCAGGUGUCUGUGCUCCAGUCCUCUGAGAAACAGCUCAAACAGGAACUCAACCAACUGUUAGACAUGAAGCAGAUGCUGGAGAAACAGAACCAGGAACUACGGAGGGAAAAGCAGGAGGCUGAUGGCCAGCUGAAGGAACUGAAGGACCAACUGGAGGCACAGCACUGUUUCACAACCCUUUACAAGACACAGAUCCGUGAGCUGACGGAUGAGCGUGAUGAGAAGAAUAAGCUGUACGAAGAGGUGCAGCAGCAACUGGCAGAAUACCAGGAAGAAAGGAAGUCACUGACAACCCGGCUGGAAGAAAGCUUGACCAAAGCAGACGCUGAGAAGUUGGCUCGUUCUGUCGUUGAGGACCAGUUCUCCAAUCUGGAGAAAGAAAAGAUCAUGAAGGAGCUAGAGAUCAGCGACAUGAUGAUGAGGCACCAGCAGGAGCUCAGCGAUAAGGAGGCCACCAUCAGCUCGCUGGAAGAGUCCAAUCGUACGCUGACGGUGGAUGUAGCCAACCUGGCCAGUGAGAAGGAAGAACUCAACAACCAGCUGAAAGAAAUGCAACAAAAACUCCAGAAAGCAAAAGAUGAAGAGAACUAUUUCAAAGAGUCCUUUGAUAAGCAGCUGUGCAACGAAAGAACGCUAAAAAUUCAGGCUGUGAACAAACUGGCUGAGGUGAUGAACAGGAGGGAGAAGGUGCGGGGAGGCCACCAAGGCACUGACACCGAGGUGCACAAGAAGGAGAAGGAGAACAGGAAACUGCAGCUGGAGCUGAAAGCAGAGAAGGAGAAAUUCAGCACCGCCAUCGUAAAAUACCAGAACCAGCUGGCUGAAAUGGAGGCGCUGGUGGCAGAAGAGAACCAGAUGCGUCUAGAUCUUCAGAUGACGCUGGACAGUAAAGAGAGCGACAUUGAGCAGCUGCGAUCCCAGAUCACAUCCCUCAGCAUUCACUCUCUGGACUCCACCAGCAUCAGCAGUGGCAACGACUUGGAUUUAGAAGGAUACCCAGUGCGCAUUACUCACUCUCACACCUCAGAAUCAAUGUCCUUCACCUACCAGCGCACACACAAAUCCGUCUGCAUCGACACUCGGCCAAACCUUCGCUCGGCUCACGCUCUCUUUGGCUCUGACUCUGAGGACGAAGAAGAGCAUGAUGGGCGUCAGGAGCGGGGCCAAACUCCCCUGGCCCUUACCUAUGAACCGUCCUCUGAGCCUGAACCCGAACCUGAACCUAGAGACUCCAGGCUGGAGGGCUGGAUCUCACUUCCUUCCAAGAACACCAAGCGAUUUGGUUGGGACAAAAAAUAUGUGGUCGUGAGCAGUAAGAAGAUCCUGUUCUAUAACAGCGAGGUGGAUCGAGAGCAAGCUAACCCUUUCAUGACCCUGGACCUUGAUAAGCUGUUUCAUGUCCGGCCUGUAACUCAGACUGAUGUGUACCGUGCAGAUGUCAGAGAAAUUCCAAGGAUUUUCCAGAUCCUAUAUGACAAUGAAGGUGAGAGCAAGCGUGAGCAGGAUGCUGGAGCUGAACCCACAAACUCUGGUGAUCGCGCCUCAUACAUCAGCCACAAGGGCCACGAGUUCAUCGUCACCCUCUACCAUUUCCCAUCCAACUGUGAGGUCUGCACCCGGCCUUUGUGGAACGUCUUCAAACCUCCACCAGCGCUCGAGUGUCGUCGCUGCCACACCAAGUUCCAUAAAGACCACCUGGAUAAAAAAGAAGUUAUUAUACCCUGCAAAGUGAAUUAUGACAUCUCCACGGCCAAAGAACUACUCCUCCUGACCAGCUCUCAGACGGAGCAGAAGCACUGGGUCAGUCACCUCCUUAAGCGCAUCCCGAAACACCCGACACUGAGUCCUCCCCCUGUGGCACGCAAUUCCCCUGAAAAAAUACCCCAUUCCUCUCCACAAGUAUCCCCACGACCUUCGCCCAAGUCCUCUCCUCGCAUGUCCCAUCGAGGCGCUGUAAAGAUCCAAUCCACCCGGCAGCAACCGUCAUCGGGGAAGCCAAGUAAGCUGGUUCGUGUCAGAUCUAUAAGUCAAAGUGAUGUGUACCGUGCAGAUGCCAGAGAAAUUCCAAAGAUAAAGUAUAACAGUGAAGACGACAUCAGGCGUGAACAGGACACUCCAUUGGAACCCGUGCCGCAUGGCGAUCGCGGCUCCUACAUCAACCACAGGGGCCAUGAGUUUAUCCUCGCACUCUAUCAUUUUCCAUCCAGCUGUGAGGUCUGCAGCCGGCCUUUGUGGGACUUAUUUAAGCCUCCGCCAGCGCUCGAAUGCCGCUGCUGCCACGGCAAGUUCCACAAGGACCACCUGGAUAAAAAAGAGAACGUUAUUGUACCCUGCAAAGUGAACCCUGGAUAGUAUUUCCAUUCACAUGCAGUAAUGGAAGCAGUGUCUACGUGUGUUGUUGCGAGUGACAAAAUCCAAAUACUAAUGUGGACAGGAAACUGGUGUCAUGACAACUGGGAUUUCAUUCGAGGAAAGUGCAUGCUGUAUCCUUCGUGAUUAAUUCUAAUUUGCUUCCUGAUCAUUGUCAUAGGCGUGUGUGUAAACAUUUGUGUACACAUUAAAAGAUCUCUCUUUGUAUCAUA